AUGCAUUUCCUGUUCGCGGCUCUCUGCAUUCACGCUAUCGACAUCAAGUCGGCCGAUGGGAUCGGUCGCCAGCUCGCAGUUCACAGAGCCCAGAUGUGUCAUUUAGGACUGAAAGAAAUUCAAAACUACUGGCGCAUCAACAACAAUGUCUUGGAUCUCUUUUUACAAUAUCUCGACAAGCCCAUUGCCAAGAGAAUCUACAACGAAGACGCCGAUGCUGCGGCAGCUGAUGGGGCAUCAGGAUCCACGGCAGGCCUGAGCCCGUUCAACACAGCUAGCACACCCCAGAAUCUUUCCACAGACACCGUGGAGCAAAGCAGAUCGGACGCAAUAGAGGACCAAUACUUUAACCUGAUGCAGACCAAUUGGGAAGGCGAGCAUGCCCUUGGUGAUCUCGGCCUCUUCCUGGACCCGCAACUCUACGCCAACGGUCCAAUGCAAGUCGAGGGCCUCAACUUCUUGCAGCGCUGCCCUGGCCAGAAGCGCGUAAACCCUGAUUGCAUCAUGGCAACAUUCGGCUUCUUGAGCCGAGGGUCGCGACGCGGCUACUUCAGCCACCUGCAGGAAGAAGAAGCCGAGAGCAUAUAA